CCGCGCUAAGGCUGACGGGAAAUCCCAAGAUGGCCGCGUUCAUUUGAACGUUUUCUCAAUUCUGUCUGUAUGCGAAGCGCGCCUAAUUGUGUCACUUCAUCGCGACCACACAGGCUUUUGCGUCAGUUUCCUCAUCAGCGCCGAGAGCACGGACAGACGAUUACUUUAUAACCAGAAAUAAUGUGGAUAUUUGGAACCCAUGUCGAACAUCUAUGAAGAGAGGCAAACAAUGAUUGCAGCAGGGGAUUUGCAGGAGUUUGUUCCUUUUGGCCGUGACCACAGCAAGCACCACCCCAAUGCAUUGAACCUCCAACUUCGCCAGCUGCAGCCAGCCUCUGAGUUGUGGUCCUCUGAUGGGGCAGCAGGCUUGGUCGGAUCCCUCCGAGAAGUAACCAUCCAUGAAAAACACAAGGAAAGUUGGCAACUAAGAAAAGGUGUUGGUGACCCCGGUGAAGAUGUGGAGUACGACGAAGAACUUUAUGUUGCUGGAAAUAUGGUUAUUUGGAGCAAAGGAAGUAAAUUUCAGGCUUCUGCUGUAUAUAAAGCUUUCACUGUGGACAGCCCUGUUGUGCAGGCUCUGUGGUGUGAUUUUACCAUAUGCAGCGACCGGUCAGAAAAUGAUCAAGGUGUAGACAAAGUGGAGAAGUGUAUCUGUGUGCUGCAGGGUUCCUGUAUUAAUGUCCACAGCACUGAAGGGAAGGAUUAUAUUGCGCCCCUGCCCUUUCAGGCAACUAAUGUUUGGCCUACAAAGUACGGCUUAUUGUUUGAACGCAACAGUUAUUCACAUGAAGUUCCUCAGAGCCCUCCAAGGGAACCUUUGCCGACCAUGUUCAGCAUGUUGCAUCCUUUAGAUGAGAUCACUCCUCUGGUCUGCAGAUCAGGAGGUAUAUUUGGUAGCUCUCGAGUACAGUAUGUUUCGGAUCACACACUGAGAAUUGUUUUCACCUCCAGCGACCCCUCUAUAGUAAUGACUUAUGAUACCGUUCAGGGUUCACAUGCUGUAUGGGCUCUCCGGAAAGUGAAACCAGAGGAGCAGAAUUCCGUCCUGAAGUAUCCAGACACGCUCGGUACUCCGCAACAUGGAAUGACUAACAGCUCCCUGUCGGCUCAUCUCCGGAGCGUUUCUAAAGCAGACUCUCCCACAGCUUCCCCGUUCCAGAACUAUUCCUCCCUGCACAGCCAGAGUCGCUCUGUGUCCUCACCAAGCAUUCAUUCCCGUACUCACUCGCCUUCCAUCUCCAACAUGGCUGCUUUGAGCCGCUCCCAUUCACCCGCCCUUGGAGUGCACUCGUUUACUGGCGUACAGAGGUUCAACAUCUCCACUUACAGUCCUUCACCGAAGAGAUUGGGAGCGUCUCACUCCCCCAAUAGCUCCACCGACUUUCUUUCCACAGAGACGGAGCCCAUUGUGCCAGAACUCUGCAUCGACAAUCUUUGGACAGAGACAGUAACUCAUACUAGGGAAAAGAACUCACGGGCCACAAAAGUAUUUAUUACAACAGAUCUCUGUGGCCAGAAAUUUUUGUGUUUCCUGGUAGAGUCCCAACAUCAACUGCGCAUGGUGAAGUUUGAAGAAAGCAAUGAUAAAUCACAGUUGAUCUUUGGUUCCGUCACUAACAUUUCUGCAAAAGAUGCAGCUCCAGGACAGAAUAUUGACACCAUGGUGGUUGUGGAAAGCAAUGGGAACUUGAUUCUGUACACAGGAGUUGUUCGGAUCGGAAAGAUUUUUAUUCAAGGACUGGCGGCUUCUUCACUGGGAAUGUCCAACCCAAUGCCACGGCCUAGCACACCCCUAGAAAGCAUCAGUACGCCAAAUAGGCCAUUAAAUAAGCAUCUAACUCCCAUGGAUGAAGUGACAGGUAUGCUGUCUCCUGUGGCUGAGCUCCGGGACUCUACCAGACUCCAUGAAUCAAACUACAUUGAUGAUUGCACUUUCCAUCAGUAUGGAACUUAUAUUCAGGGUGUGAGAGAUCCUGUACACAAUCGAGUUACACUGGAAUUGAGCAGCGGUUCUAUGGUUAGGAUCAGUAUCCCAGACAUUGCAACCUCAGAACUAGUUAAAAAGUGUCUACAAGCCAUUAAAUACAUCCUGCCCAAAGAAAUAGCGGUUCAAAUGCUUGUCAAGUGGUAUAACUCCCACAAUGCACCAGGAGGUCCCAGUAAUCAGUCUGAAUGGAAUUUGUUUGUUACGUGCCUAAUGAACAUGAUGGGUUACAACACGGAUAAAUUGGCCUGGACCCAAAAUCUUGAUUUUGAAGGCUCGCUGUCUCCUGUUAUUGCACCGAAGAAAGCAAGACCAUCAGAAACUGGGUCAGAUGAGGACUGGGAUUACCUUAUAACUUCUGACUACCACCGAAAUGUUGAAGGCCACGUUUUAGCCAGAGCUCUGCAGUUGGAGCCUUUGGAAGUACCAGCGUCCAGAGAAGACCUCCAGCAGUCGCUUAAUCUGGACUCCAGCGCGCUUCUCUUCAGCCACAUCCCUGCGAUUUUCUACGUGCUCCACCUGGCCUACGAGGAGCUAAAGCUCAACACUUUAAUGAGAGAAGGAGUCUGUUCAUUAGUUGUCCUGCUCCUGCAGCUGGCAAGGGAUUUAAAUUUGAAUGCUUUUAUGGAUUUCUACUCCAGAGAUUAUCCAACUCUUGCCAAAACCACCGAGCUGAAUUGUCGUAUGGAGCCAACCCAAAUUGGUUUUAUGAAUUAUCCUUCUUUCUUUUGUGCGGUGCCACCAAGCAUUCACCAUUGGCUUAGUUUAUGUCUGAAAGGAGAAAAGGCUGCACCUUACCCAUACCUCCCUGGGAUCUGUGAGAGAAGCAAGCUUGUCGUUCUGAGUUUUGCUUUGUAUAUACUUGGGGAUGAACAUGCGGUGUCACGUGAUCCAUCUAAAUACCUGUCUAAAAUAACAGCAGGGCAGAGAAAACAGCAGCAGGAAGAUGAAAGGAGGUAUAGUCUAAGGCCGUGCCCUACUGUUUCUAGCCUCUCUGAAAAGCUUGUGGUCUGGAUGACUAAUAUCGACUUUACCCUGCGAGACCUGGAAUCCUUGCCCUUCGGUGUUGCUCUACCCAUCAGACAUGCUAUCUAUCAAUGUCGGCAACAGCCUGCCUCUGAUUGGCCGGAAGCUGUCUGCCUUCUGAUAGGACGCCAGGACCUUUCUAAGCAAGCUUGUGAGGGUAACCUGCCAAGGACCAAAUCUUUCACAGCUCCAAUGCCCUCCCCAGAAGUUCCUCCUGCUGGGGAAGCCGAAGAGGAAGACGAUGGAAUGAAUGAUUUGAACCAGGAAGUGAUGUCGCUUAUUUGGAGUGAAGACCUGCGUGUGCAGGAAGUACGCAGACUACUCCAGUGUUCCCGUCCCGUGCGCGUGAAUGUUGUUCAGAUGCCUGAAGUGAGCGACCACGAAUACAUUGAAGAAAAAGAGAACAGGCUGUUGCAACUUUGUCAGAGGACCAUGGCUCUUCCUGUGGGACGUGGAAUGUUCACCUUGUUUUCCUACCACCCUGUUCCCACAGAACCUCUUCCGAUUCCUAAACUCAAUCUCACAGGACGGGCUCCACCAAGGAACACUACAGUGGAUCUCAAUAGUGGAAACAUUGAUGUGCCCCCAAAUAUGGCUUGCUGGGCCAGCUUUCACAAUGGGGUGGCUGCCGGCCUGAAAAUCGCUCCAGCUUCUCAGAUUGACUCUGCCUGGAUUGUUUACAACAAGCCCAAGAAUGCUGAGCUAGCCAAUGAGUAUGCAGGCUUCCUCAUGGCCCUGGGCUUAAAUGGCCACCUCACUAAGCUGGCAACUUUGAACAUUCAUGACUACCUGACCAAGGGCCACGAGAUGACCAGCAUUGGGCUGCUGCUUGGUGUCUCCGCUGCCAAGCUUGGUACAAUGGAUAUUUCAAUUACACGCCUUCUCAGUAUCCACAUUCCUGCCCUUCUUCCUCCAACAUCUACAGAGCUUGACGUCCCACACAAUGUCCAGGUGGCGGCAGUUAUUGGAAUUGGCCUGGUUUAUCAGGGAACGGCACACAGACACAUUGCUGAGGUUCUGCUUGCAGAGAUAGGCCGGCCUCCAGGACCUGAAAUGGAGUAUUGCACGGAUAGGGAAUCUUAUUCUCUAGCAGCCGGGCUGGCUCUGGGCAUGGUUUGUUUAGGGCAUGGUAGUAAUUUGAUCGGCAUGUCCGACCUGAAUGUUCCGGAGCAGCUUUACCAGUACAUGGUAGGAGGUCACAAACGCUCACAUGUCGGUGUGAACAGAGAAAAGCACAAGUCCCCCAGUUAUCAGAUUAAGGAAGGAGACACCAUAAAUGUAGAUGUAACGUGCCCCGGGGCAACGCUGGCAUUAGCCAUGAUCUACUUAAAAACCAACAACAGGUCAAUUGCUGACUGGCUGCGGGCUCCUGACACAAUGUAUUUACUAGACUUUGUGAAACCAGAAUUCCUUCUGUUGAGGACUCUUGCAAGAUGCCUUAUUUUGUGGGAUGACAUCUUGCCAAAUGCUAACUGGGUGAACAGUAAUGUGCCCCAGAUAAUUACAGACAACAGCAUAUCACUCAAUGGUGCAGAACAGCCCACAUCAGAGGAUUUAAACCUGGAAACACUUGCACAAGCUCAUGUUUACAUUAUUGCUGGAGCCUGCCUGGCUUUGGGUUUUCGAUUUGCUGGCUCUGCGAACCAGGCUGCUUUCAACUGCUUGUGUAAAUUUGCAAAAGAUUUUGAAUGUUUGUCUGGCCAAGCUGCUGGCAUAACAGGUCAUUAUAACCUGGAGACUUGCCUCAGCGUGGUGCUCUUAUCCUUAUCUAUGGUAAUGGCCGGCUCGGGGAAUCUAACCGUACUCCAGCUGUGUAGGUUCAUGCACAAGAAAACCGGCGGUGAAAUGAACUACGGCUUCCAUCUGGCACAUCACAUGGCACUGGGACUCCUGUUCUUGGGUGGCGGGCGUUAUACUCUGAGCACUUCAAAUUCUUCAAUAGCUGCCCUGCUAUGUGCUCUUUACCCGCACUUCCCUGUUCACAGCACAGAUAAUAGGUAUCACUUGCAGGCUCUGCGUCACCUGUAUGUGCUAGCUGCAGAGCCCAGACUGCUGGUGCCUGUUGAUGUGGAUACAAACAUGCCCUGUUAUGUGCUUUUGGACGUUACGUACAAGGGAACCCAGUGGUAUGAAGAAACUACAGAAGAGCUAAUGGCGCCUACCUUACUCCCAGAGCUCCAUCUGCUGAAACAGAUUAAAGUCAAAGGUCCACGAUACUGGGAAAUAAUGAUCGAUUUACACAAAGGAACCCAGCAACUCAAAUCAAUCCUCUCGAAGGAUGGUGUUCUUUACGUGAAGCUUCGAGCAGGACAGCUCUCCUACAAGGAGGACCCUUUGGGUUGGAAAAGCCUGCUGGCUCAGACCGUGACUCACAGAAAUUCAGAGGCUCGAACCUUUAAGCCAGAGGCUAUUUCUGCUUUCACAUCGGAUCCAGCACUGCUCUCCUUUGCGGAAUUCUUCUGCAAACCGACAACCGAUAUGGGUCAGAAACAAGAGAUGUUGGAUCUCUUCUCUUCCAUUCUGUAUGAGUGCGUAACUCAGGAAAACCCAGAGAUGCUCCCUGCAUAUAUUGCCAUGGACCAGGCUGUGAGAAGGUUGGAAAGGAGGGAGAUGACCGAGACAUUUGAGUUGUGGCAGAUAAAGUUGGUUCUGGAAUUCUUUAGCUCUCUGAACCUCCAGGAACGUAUGAAAAAGAAUGCGAACCGUGGACUUUUUAUGAACUCUGAAUUUCUUCCAGUUAUGAAAUGCACCAUAGAUAAGACUUUAGACGAGUGGCUACAAGUUGGUGGAGAUGUGGCAUUGCACUCGUAUUUAGCUGGCCAGCCAAUCGAGGAAUCUCAGCAAAAUAUGCUUGCGUGUUUCCUGGUCUAUCACUCCAUCCCAGCACCAGAGGACCUUUCAGGAGCAGGAAUCGAAGGAAGUCAAUGUUUUUCUGAUCUGCUGCUGAAAUUCAAAGACAUGAAGUUGCCAGUGAGGGCAUUGCUAAGACUGGCACCUUUACUACUUGGAAAUUCCCAAUCCAUGGCCCUGUAACCAACUAGGAUCAUUUGGCAAUGUGCAACAGACAAAUCAGAAGUCCAAAACAUGUUGUGGAAAUUAUAAUCUGUACAGCCUUGUCCGGAAUUUUUUCACUGUCGAUGCCGUUGUGGUUCACAUUACAAAAUACAUUUAGAACCUAUAAAUUAACAUAGAAUUACCAGGAAGAGGGAACAAACAGUCAUAAAGAUGCACAAAUAUUUAAAACAGGAUUGACAUCUGUUGCGCAUGUGAAGGUGGCUGGGACAUUUGGAUGAGAAGUGAAGAAAGGAAGAAUCCGGACUUGGAUGUUACAUGUGUUCAAUGCUGUGUUUGUCCUUUUCUCCAUCCUCUAGCAUGCACGGGCACGGUCCUCGUCGGUGGCUUUGGUUGAUUUUGAAUUAAUGUUGCCACUGCUCUGUAGUUUCACGUCUUUUGGAAGAAACCUUCUGGAAAGCAAUAACCAGGUUGUUGUUUUUUUUAUGGCCCUCCCCCGGUCUACUAUCAAAUAACACAGGGUUAAGAGAUUCUUGACUUAGCCUUGAGCCGUAUACUGGCUUUUGUCUUUUUGGCUAUUUAUACUGUUCUAGAUAUAGGAUUGUUGAGCUGUAAUGAAAAUUACAUUUGUAUAUACAUUUUUGGUAUACUAAAAACAAAAUAAAAAUGUAUCACUU